AUAUCCAAAUUCGCUGUCCAAGGAAGGUGUGAGAGAAUGCGCCCGUCCGAGCCAGUCAAAGCAACCGUCGCUCCGCAGUCGUUUUCCAGACCCCAAAGAAUUCCUCCUUUUUCUUUCCGGAUUUUCCUUCUCAUCAGAUUUCGAUCGUCGGAUUCAGGGUUGUGGAUUGAAUGCAAAAAAUAAGGUUUUCGUUGGUAUUUCAUUUUUGCUUUGAUUUAAAAGAGUGGAGUUGGGGAUGAAAGUUUUAUUAUAAAAUGGAUUCUGCAAGGAGCUGGUUUCAUAAAUUCCAACCUAGAGGCAAAUUGAAACCUGGGACAACGAAAAACAAGGAAACGGAGAAUGGGAAGGAUGUGCAAAAGCCUCCCAUCGACGAGGCACCUUCAAAUAUCACAAAGCAGAAGGUUGCUGCUGCGAAACAGUACAUUGAGAACCAUUACAAGUCUCAGAUGAAGUGCUUGAAGGAGCGGCAGGAGAGGCGCUGGAUCUUGGAGAGGAAGCUUGCUGAUGCUGAAGUUUCUGAGGAAGAUCAAAAUAAUCUUCUAAAAUACUUGGAGCAAAAGGAAACUGAAUAUAUGCGUCUUCAAAGACAUAAAAUGGGAGUUGAUGAUUUUGAGCUCCUGACUAUCAUAGGGAGGGGUGCAUUUGGGGAGGUGAGACUCUGUAGAGAAAAGAGCACGGGCCAUGUAUAUGCAAUGAAAAAAUUAAAGAAGUCAGAGAUGCUUCGCAGAGGCCAGGUGGAGCAUGUUAAAGCUGAAAGAAAUCUCCUUGCUGAGGUUGACAGUGCCUGCAUUGUCAAACUUUACUGUUCCUUUCAAGAUGAGGAGUUUUUGUAUCUCAUCAUGGAAUAUCUUCCUGGUGGAGACAUGAUGACGUUACUUAUGCGCAAGGAUACCUUGACAGAAGAUGAGGCAAGAUUUUAUGUCGGACAAACAGUAUUAGCGAUUGAAUCAAUUCACAAGCACAAUUACAUCCACAGGGAUAUCAAGCCAGACAAUUUAUUGCUCGAUCGGUUUGGCCAUAUGAAGCUUUCUGAUUUUGGCCUGUGCAAACCAUUGGACUGUAGUAGUUUUCCAAAUCUUAGCGAAAAUGACUUUGGAGUGGGAAGAGAUUUGAAACCUUCAUUAGAGAGUGAUAGGCGGUCAAAUGCACCCAGUACACCCAAACGCACACAGCAGGAACAGUUGCAACAUUGGCAGAAAAACAGGCGAAUGUUGGCUUAUUCUACUGUUGGCACUCCUGACUAUAUUGCUCCAGAAGUUUUGUUGAAGAAAGGAUAUGGGAUGGAGUGUGAUUGGUGGUCACUCGGAGCAAUAAUGUAUGAGAUGCUUGUGGGUUAUCCUCCAUUUUAUUCUGAAGAACCAAUGUCAACCUGCAGAAAGAUUGUGAACUGGAGAAGUCACUUGAGAUUUCCUGAAGAAGCAAAAUUGGCACCUGAAGCUAAAGAUCUCAUCAGCAAACUGUUGUGCAAUGUAGAGCGGAGGCUUGGUACUAAAGGAGCUCAUGAAAUAAAGGCACACCCAUGGUUUAAAGGCACUCAGUGGGAGAAACUAUAUCAGAUGGAAGCUGCUUUUAUACCAGAGGUUAAUGAUGAGUUGGAUACUCAGAACUUUGAAAAGUUUGAGGAGACCUGGAAAAAGUUAGCAACCUUCGUAGUACAGUUCGUUGUUUUGAAGCGGUUUUGGGCCUAAAAGUGAACUUGAAGAAGUCGAAGAUGUUUGGCGUUAACAUGGACGAGGAAGAAGUUGGUGAUUUUGUUGCCUUUUUCGACUGUUCUUUGAGAAGUCUUCCAACCAUGUUUGUGGGUCUGCCUUUAUGUGUGGGCAAGCCACCAAAGGUUCUCUGGGAUAAAGUCAUAGAUCGUUUUGAAGCUUACUUAGCCAGAUGGAAAUGCAGAUAUCUAUCAUUGGGGGGUCAAUUAACCCUUAUCAAAGCAGCGCUCUCAAAUCUCCCCGUAUACUUCAUGUCUCUAUUCAAAUGCCCGACUUCGAUCUUGGCGACUUUGGAAAGAUUAAGAAGAGAUUUUCUUUGGCAUGGGAAGGAAUUAAAGAAGAAAUUCCACCUGGUUGAGUGGAAGGAGGUAUGCUAGCACAUUCAAGAGGGGGGUACAGGUAUCAGAGAUCUCAAAUUGAUGAACAGGGCCUUGCUUGGGAAGUGGCUUUGGAGACUCGGGUCAGACGAUCUAUCAUUAUGGAAUACUCUGAUCAAAUGUAAGUAUGGUCGAUCGGCUGGCGGUUGGUGGACUAAGGAGUCCUCUCGAUAUAGAGCAUUCGCUUUGUGGAGAGAUGUGCUUUCUACUCAGACAGAUGUUCGUAGGCGCGUUCACCACUCUAUAGGCAUAGGUGACAAGGUCUGCUUUUGGGAAGAUAUCUAGGUGGGAUCCUCAACCUUAAAAGACGAAUUUCCAAAUAUAUAACGCCUAGCUCCAAAUAAAUCUGUUUCAGUUGCUGACUGCUACUCCACUCUUGGGAAUGUCACCGUGUGGAAUCCUCCCUGUCGUAGGAAUCUCUACGACUGGGAAACCGAAGAACUGGCUUCAUUACUCGAUCGUAUUAGCAACAUCAAACCAAAUCAGUCCUGUGCAGAUUCGCUCGUUUGGAAUCCAGACAAAAAGGGCAUCUUCUCGGUGAAAUCUUUAUAUCAUUGUCUCAGUAGGAAAAAUGUUGCUAAAGAAGAGAUCAUGACAGAUAAAAAUUGGAAAUAUAAAGUUCCCCCAAAGAUUGUGGUGUUCGGAUGGCUGAUGGGCAAAAGGAAAGUUCUAACAGUUGACAAUCUGAGAAAAAGAGGAAUGAUAAUUACCAACAUUUGCCUAUGUUGCAUGGCCCACGAAGAAAUGGUAGAUCAUCUGUUUAUUCAUUGCCCAUUCUUCCACCAGGUCUGGUCAGCAAUCUUAUCCUCUUUUCACGUUUAUUGGGCCUUCCCAAAUUCUACGGAUCGUCUGAUUUCAGCCUGGCAUGGCAUUUCCUUGACAAAAAUAGAUCCACGGCCUGGAGAAUGGCCCUUUUGGCAGUGUGGUGGGCGGUGUGGGAAGAAAGAAACGGGAGAUGUUUUAAAGACAUUUCUAAGCCAGUGGAUUCCAUAGUCAAAAGAGUCUUCCAUUAUAUUAUAGAAUGGGCCUGCUUUGUGGUUAAUUUAGAGAACUGUAAUCGGUUUCCUUUGUGAGGGUAAAGCAGCCACUAUCCCAGCAAGCCUCUUUCCUCUCUUUUUCCUUCUUUAAUGAAAUCGUUUUGUUAUUUGUCAAAAAAAAAAAAAAAAAAAAACCUUAAAGCCCUCACCAAUUUAAAAACAUAAAAUGAAAGCCGAGUGAAGCUUAAAAUAGAAGAAAACAAGUAUAAUUUGAAUCAUAAAUCAUAGGAAUCCAAUCAUAAAAUCAUAGGAUUCAUAUAAAAUGGAAUUCAAAUUGUUUUUCUUAAGAUUCAACUCAAAUUGUAAAGUGUGAAUCGUAAAUCGUAGGAUUAUGACAACGCUGGUUUCGGCAUCCAUACCACACCAUAUUUGUUGUAAAUUGAGUUUUCCACAUGUUUCUUGCAUCACUACCUAUCGGCUGCUUCAAUAUCAGUGGCAUGUAGAAGGAUCGAGCAAUGAUAUACUUAUCCAUUUGUCACAUUUUCAUAUUUCUGGAAUCUUUCAUGGUAGGAAAACAAGUUUACAUGAAGAUGUUGCUACUUUGGCUGUGGAAUGGUUUGAUUCAACACUGUAAAUUGUGGAUGGUAGCAUUUGUUUUAUGUGGACUGAUUAGUAAUGAAUUGAGCCUGAACUUCAUGUGGAUCAAUGGGGUAAAGACCUGAAUAUUAUGUCCAGUGAUUAUUGAUAUUUGUCCCACAAACAUUUUAGUGCACUAUUUCUAGUCUAUAUCCGUUAUAUUAUGAACUUAUGUUUUGUGUUUGUUCUUCUUGGUGAAAUCCUUGAAUUAUAUCAACCAUUAACAUUUUAUCAGCUGCUAUAGCGAGUUCAUAGAAUGAAUUGCACCAGACAAAAUGACAAAUGAAAAUGCAAGCUGAAGCGUUUUUAUGCUUUCUCAUCCAUGAAAUUGGUUUAGCCCCCAUCUCUCCCCACCCCCCCCUUUUCUUUGGGGAAACAACAAUAUAUUCGAAAAGACUGCAAAGCAGGAAAGAAUACAACACAAAGA